CCUUGAGGGAGCCAAGUUGGUUAAGAAGCAGGAAACCGCAAGGGAGAAAGCCAUUAGACAUGCCAUGUCCCUUGAGGAGGUGAAGGAGAGAAUGCGAACCCUGUGGCGUGAAAAGGAAAUGAAACACCGCUACGAGGAAAAGGCUCGUAGACAGAACCAGAGCAAGAGCAAGAAACACCACCGAAUCCUCCGUCGUGAGAAGUUGAGGAAGCAGAAGACUGAGCUACAGGAGCUGCACAAGAAGAACCCUGACGCUGCUCUGGAGAAAUUGCAGGAGAUGGAGUUGCUGCGCAUCCAGGAGAGAAUGAGUCAACGCCAUAGGUCCUCCAAGUGGGCAAGUUCCAAGGGCUACGAGCAACCAGAGACAAGGAGGGUAAUGAAUAUGGUGGACCAGUUUUAA